AGCCACAUUGUCACCCAUGAUUACGACACAGAGACAGGGAAUAAUGGCAUCGCCCUCAUGAGACUCAUUAAACCAUUACAGAUUAAUGAUAAAAUAAGGCCUGUAUGUUUACCCAAUGUCGGUCUGGACUUCACUGCUCCCAGGACAUACUGGAUUUCAGGAUUUGGCAGCACAGUUUCUGGUGGUCAUGCUCCAGCUCUUUGAUGGAAGCUGAGGUUUCACUGAUAGACAGGACCAUCUGUAACAGCUCCUCUGUCUACAACAGGAAGAUCACACAUGACAUGAUAUGUCCCCGCAGGCUGGACGGAGGAGUGGACUCAUGCCAGGGAGACAGUGGUUGCCUGCUUGUGACAGAGAAGGACUCAGUAUGGUGGCUGGUAGGGACACAAGCUGGGGAGAAGGCUGUGCCCAGAGGAACAAACCAGGUGUCUAUGAAAUAUGAAGAUGAAAACUGAGAAGCAAUGUACAGAGAAAUUACUGGUGGACAAUCAGAAUGAAAUGGUGGAAACAUUUCAUUUUUUUCUGUCUUUAGAAGAUCUGAAUAGAAAAGCCAGAAAGACGUGUCUAUUUUUUGUACGUACAGAAUGUCAUCAGAAAUACCACUGUUAUAACUAACACAACCUUCAUUUGUGCUACAUGUUCCAAUAUCUAAUUUGUCCUCAUUUGUAUGUACAGUGGGGGAAAAGUAUUUAGUCAGCCACCAAUUGUGCAAG